CAGGACACUGGGCAUCUCUGUGGUCCUGAGCAUCCCAGGAGGCCGAUCGUACAGAGACCUCUGGUGCCUGAUCCCAGUUCACAUCCACAUCCCUGGAAUAGCCCACGAUGGGCCCUUCACCCUUGGCAGGUGGACACUAUUCAACCUGCCAGGGCAGGAUGGACAUGGUAGAGGACGCGGACAGUUUGUGGGCACAGGAGCGAGAGGAUAUCAUUAUGAACUAUGAGAAGGGACACCGAGCUGGGCUGCCAGAGGACAUGGGGCCUGAGCCUGUUGGAAUCUACAACAACAUUGAUCACUUUGGAAUUCUGCAUGAGACAGAGCUGCCUCCUGCCACUGCUCGGGAGGCGAAGCAAAUGCGGCGGGAGAUAACACGAAAGAGCAAGUGGAUGGAAAUGCUGGGACAGUGGGAGACAUAUAAGAACAGUAAAAAGCUGAUAGAUCGAGUAUAUAAGGGCAUUCCCAUGAACAUCAGGGGCCAAGUGUGGUCAGUCCUGCUGAGCAUAGAGGAAGUCAAGUCGAAAAACCCCAGAACAUACAAGGUCAUGAAGGAGAAGGGCAAGAGGUCAUCUGAACACAUCCACCAGAUCGAUGUGGACAUGAGCGAGACACUAAGGACUCACAUCUUCUUCAGGGAUCGAUACGGAACCAAUCCUGCUGCCCUUGGUGCCCAUGAAUGGGCCGACCAAGCCCAGGUGGCAGCAUCUCCCCAACCCAUGUCCCCUGGCCCGACCUCACUUCCAGGAGACGACCAAGAGCCCAGCACCCACCCUGCUCUGGCUGCCAUGUGGUGGCCUCAAGUCAUGCUUGCCCUUUUUGCACCCUGGUUGAGGAGGCGUUCAGGGGAACCUCCAGCCAGGCUCCAGGGGAUGUUCCUGACCCACCUCCCCAGGGCAAAGGCUGCAUGGUGGGUCACCAGAUGGGAGGGAUUCCACAGCCCAAACGGCGGGACAGUCCAGGGCCUCCAAGACCAUCAGGAGCAUGUGGUCCCCACGUCACAACACAAGACCAGGUGGCAUCUGGACAAGGAAGGUCUUUGCGCACAGGAUUCCUCCUUAGGCUGGCUUCUCCAGAUGUUGAAUGACGGGAUCUCUCUUGGGCUCAUCCUGCGCCUGUGGGACGUGUAUUUGCUGGAAGGAGAACAGGUGUUGAUGCCGAUGACAAGCAUUGCCUUUCAAGUUCAGAGGAAGCGCCUCAUGAAGACAUCCAGGUCUGGCCUGUGGGCACGGUUUCGGAACCAGUUCUUCCACACCUGGGAGUUGAAUGAUGACUCUGUGCUCAAGCAUCUUAGAGCCUCUACGAAGAAACUAACAAGGAAGCAAGGGGACCUGCCACCCCCAAGUGAGCUCCACCCCAAACCUGAGCAAGGGUCCUCGGCACCUAGACCUGUGCUGGCUUCACAGGUGGGCAGGGACGACCCUCUGCAAGGGGACAGCAAGGCCCCUCCAGGCCCACCAACCCCGGUUCCAGCGACCAUUUGGUUAGUUUCCCCACCAUGGGCACCUUGUUCUUCCACAUCUUGUCCUGGUGUGACUGUCCGGGUGAAGACACUACCUCUGGGCACUCAGGAUAUGCCCAGCCCGGUCCACGGGGCAGGGGAGACCUCAGGUUCCUGGAGAUUCCUGGAGUGGAACUCGAUGCUCCAGCUCCCGACGACCUGGAUACUGAGGGAGGCCAGGGAGAUAUCCCACUACAACCAGGGCACCCCCGGUCUACGGACAGAGACUUGGCCCCAAUUCUACAAUGGCACCGUAUCCCAGGAAGACCAGCUGGCCACCUGCUGGGCAAGGCUGGGAACCCCCUGCGGGGGGGUUGAGGAUUGGGCUUUCACUUGCACGAGCCACAAUGUGGACGUGGACUUCCAGCCCUGCACUGCACCCAGCACUGAUUCAACCAGGGACACCUACAUAACAGCUAGGGACGAGCAGCAGCGGCGCUCCCACCUCAGAGCCUUGCCUCUGCCACCUCUACUUGUGAAAAUUCUAUAUUUCCCUUCCAGGCUUUCUAGAAGCAUCUGGGCGCAGGGCUUCUAUGGACUGGAUAACUUCCUGAGGCUUACAACCCAAGCAAACUUCACGUUCUCGUUUUAUUUUUUGGGUAAACUUAUGAAAAAUUUAUUAAGAAAGUGUGCGCUCGAAGACCUUCACAGAUGGAACACCCACCAGCCCACAGACACGAAAAGUCAACAUGUCCAGCCCUCCCCGCCACCCCAGCCCGAGCCCAGCGAAAAUUCUGACGACACCGUGUGCCUGCCUUUGUAUUUUCAACUCAUAGACGAUUAA